AUGCACGUGAGGCAACGAUCUUGGAGUACUGCUGAGGCAGCAAAAGAUGUUGAGGCCAAGGAUGUGAAGUGGUUUGGCCAGGGCCAUGAUGUGCCGAAGACGGGGUGGAAGGCGGUGGUGAAGCACCAGGGCAACACGUUUUUCUUGUUGCUCUUCGCGUGGGUUGUGCUGAUCUACUAUAUAAGACGGGCACCAGUAGCAGAACGAGAAUUUGCGUCUGUUGCUCCGAAGUUGGCCGCAGCGACAUUAGGGAACACCACUGCGCCUCCAGCAAAUCUCCAUCUACUCGUACCAGCAUCGAAGGGAGAUCCGAAUCUAUGCAAAGUGCUGGUGAGCGCGGGCAUUCUUGGAUAUCCAUCGCCUGUGAUAAUAAACUGGAACCAGACUUUCAAUGAGAACUUGGUCGAAGGCGGCUCGCAUCUGGCAAAGAUCAGUGGCAUUCACGACCACUUGAACAAAUUCGAGGCGAGACAGGAUGACGAUCUCGUCUUGAUGGUUGAUGGAUAUGAUAUCUGGUUCCAGCUGCGACCGCAGACAUUGAUAGAUCGUUACUUUGCCAUCAACCGGAGAGCUGACGAGCGAACGAACGAGCGACUAAAGGAAGCUGCUUCUCGACACAACAUCCGCCAAGAGAUUGUCUUUGGAUGCCAGAAGCGCUGCUGGCCGUGGUCUGAGAAUGACCCGCCUUGCUAUGCUGUACCGCAAUCAGAUCUCCCAUCAGAUGUCUACGGGCCACAGACUGACACAGAUAUUGGCAACGAGGAAAAUCCAUACAUCAAGUUCCGACCGCGCUUCCUCAAUUCUGGAGUGGCUAUAGGCACUGUUAGAGCCAUGAGGAAGCUUUUCGCACAGGCGCUGAAGAACAUGGAGAAUGAGAAGAACUUCGGAAGCGACCAGUUCAUCUUCAGUCAUAUCUUCGGCGAUCAAGAAGUGUGGCGUGAAGCAAUCCGACAAGACUCCCUUUCAGGACCAAAGAAGGUGGCUGAGAAAGUCAUCGACCGCAACCAAAAAGUCAAAUGGAACCCCGACCACAUCGAAGAAGUCCGCAAAAAGGCCGCCCAAACCACCGACGGCACCUACGAAUUCGGCAUCGGCGUCGACUUCCGCAGCGAGAUAGGCCUCAACACCGUCUUCGCCGAAGACGACACAGCCUGGCUAACCUGGAGCAACCACGACGAAGUCCUCGAGGCCAAGCAAGCCCUCGAGAUCUCCGCCGAAGACCCCCGCCUCCAAAACCUCUCCACCGACAUCGCCACCACAAUUCCCCCCUUCUGGACCUUUAACCACGAACCCUCCCUCCCCCGCUGGACAAACUGGUCCUCCAUCCCCCUCUUCACCAACAUCUGGCACGACAACGUCCCCGCCGUGAUCCACCACAACGCACACCGCGAUGGCCGCAAAGCACUACGAAUGGAAUGGUGGGAUAAGAUUUGGUUCUUCAGGUAUAUGAGGACGAUGUAUGAUGCGAGUAUUUACGAGCCGAUUGUGCCGAUAGCGUAUAGCGGGUACGAUGAGGAGAGCCAGCGGGUGUGGUGGCCGGGGGAGAGGUGGAAGGGAGGAGGGAGGAAUGGGCCGAAGAUUGAUAGUGAGAUUUUCGAUGAGCAGUGGGUUGGGUUUGAGGAGAUGUGUUAUGAGUUUCAUGAGGAGGUUUUUAGGGAUGGGAAGGGGCCUUGGACUUUGCCGGAGGCGCAUUGA